GAUAGACCCGCUUUAUCGAGUGUCGCUGUGUAUUGAACGAGGUCCGCGGUAAACCUCAGGAGGUAGAGGUCUUGUUGUUCGGAGGGGAGUGAAUGAAGCUUGGGCACAUCUAGUUCGAGGCGGGAGUCCGCAGUGUCUGGCCCCGCUGAUGGCGCAGCAGCGGUAUCAGGAGCCGCCAUUGCUGCUGAUGCUUCAUAGGAAUACUCCCAGGCACAUCUACAAUUUGUGCGAACUAAAUGGUUCACCUUUAAGGGGUUGGAGUUAAACGUCGUGCUCGUGCCAUAGUUCACGAACUGUCAAGAUAUAUCACCGGCGCGGAUCAACAGUCGGGCCGAUCCUCUCCCGCGGAGCCCCAAAAGUGUCGUCGGACAACGACAUCGUUCUCGCGCGCCGACGUUACCGCCGUUAUUAUAGACCUCAUGGCUUCUACUUUUAGAUUGAGACUUUUGGGAGGGCCUCGAAGCCUACGCCCUUGGGUGUGCAAGCAUUGUCGAGCCCUGAGUUCCUCCGCAAUCGUACAGGCAGGUCACAACCGUUGGUCUACAAUUAGGCACGACAAGGGCAAAAACGAUGCGGCAAAGAGCAAAGAGCGCAUUCUCUACGCCAGAGACAUAAUCAAUGCGUCGAAGUUAUUUGGACCAGACCCGGCCUCAAAUCCCCGACUCGCCCUUGUCAUCAGCAAAGCGAAACGAAGCGGUAUGUCAAAGAGUACAAUUGAGGCUGCUAUUGCGCGUGGCCAGGGAAUAUCGCCGACGGGUGCACCCCUCGAAUCGGUAACGAUUGAAGCACUCCUACCAUCAUCUGUUGCUGUCGUGAUCGAAUGUAUGACGGAUCAGAAAAUGAGAACACUGCAAGAUGUCCGCUUUUUAAUUAAACAUCACGGGGGGACAGUCACACCCACGAGCUAUCUAUUCGAGAAGAAAGGCAGAAUCGUAUUUGAGAAGGUCGAAGGCUUGAACGUAGAUGACCACCUGGAGCAUGCCAUUGAUGCUGGAGCUAUUGAUGUGGAUACAGACGAUCAAGGUCGGCUCAGAGUAUUCGCAGAGUACGCAGAUACGAAGGCUGUUGGUGAUAAACUUUCAGCACUGACUGGAUUGAAAAUCGAGACCGCUGACAUUAUUUGGGACCCGAAUAAGGACACGAUUGUGGAACUGCAAUCGAGAGAAGAUGCAGAUAAAAUCGAGGAGAUCCUGAAUGCAAUUCGAGAGGAACCCACCGUCCAGGAUAUAUAUACCAAUUCAACUACAUUAUAAUCAGAAACAACAAUAGGAUCAAUCGGCCCUCGGUAACCAUCGAAUAUACAAAUCUCAUGUACACUACUACCGCAACGCUUUCAUUGUACUCCGCAUCAGAUUCCCAACUCCUUCAGCUCCCAUUUCGUCCAGCCAUUCAAGCAUCUUUAAUCUGUAUUCUUGCCAGUUUAUCGUUAUACCUCCCUCUUUAUCUAGCGCAGCUAGCGCCCUCUGCGUCACCGGCCUUGUCAAUCGCACGGACAAUGAUUUCCCUUGAGUAUCAGCUAAUGCUUCUUCAAUCCCCCUGAAACACGCAGAGGAGACGUUGCAAAAUGCGGCAUUUUGACUUAAUGAAAAUAUAGAAGAAAGUUGGUAUUUGUGCUUUUCACCACUAGCGGAACUAGACGUCUCGCUCAACGCCUGCAUAUACUUCGAGAGCUCAUUUACCGUUCCAGGUGGAACAAUGCAGCCCAAGGCAUUAGGAUCGUCCGAGUUUAAGCCUCUGUUUCGCCACAACAGGUUGCAAAUAUCAAUCACGUAACCAUUAAACCGAGACACUACUUCUGUUGAAUACGGUUGAUCGGGCGUCCUGGUGCUUUGAAGCGUCGCUGACGUAAGUGAAGUUUCGAAAGAAUGCUUAUACACUGCCAGUACGGAACAUAGCGUAGAUAUAUGGCUUAGUGUCUGUGUGAACGCAAGUAUAUAUAUUAUUUGCGGUUGCGGGACCGUGAUGCGUAUGUUGGCAUUCUUGGGCGCAUAGCUGUAAAGUCCUGCCAGGUCGGUAUAAAACUGAAGUACCGAUAACGUAGUGGAUCUUUUUUGAAUGGUUCCUGUCCACUUAGUCCCCGGUGAGCUCUCGAGGACAGUUAGGGCAAGGAGCUCUGCCCUGCUAAUGAGUUGGAGUAAAGGAGGUAUAGGGGAAAGAGAAGGAGUAGCGCGGAUUACUGAACCCCAAUGUUGGAUUAAAGACGAAUAGUAUUGAAGCAUGACAACUUUUGACUCGGGUUGAUCACUUAGAAUAGCAUCCUCUAAUGGAAUGAAGUAAUUUUGUCGAAGGGUAUCGUAGUCUUGUAUGGGUAUAUACUCCAGGAGCCCAAGGAUGGUAGUUCUGCUGUCAUGGCCGUUCCAGAAAAGGAGGUAUUUGCGCAGAAACUUAUCCACAGCUUCAGGCAUACUCUGCAGAAUAACGAAGUCAAUAUUAAAAGCAACACUGCGAAACCCACGAGCAAGAGGAGAAACUUAGAUCACUACCCACCUUGGUAAACCGCACAAACCCAACAAGGGCAUCAAGUACAUAUUCAAGAUGUUCUGAGUCAUUUACUUCAUCCUCUCCUUCCCUCACCGCUCGCAUUCGGUCCAGUUCAUCCUCAAAAAAACUAUCCAACCAGCUCUCUAACCGUUGUGUCGCUGCUUCAUUCCUCACGAACAGCAAAUACCUUUGCGCGAGCGGAUCCACUAAGGCCGCAGCAACCUGAUUCGGCACCUCGAUCCUGUCCAGUUUCCGGACGAAAUCGUUUGCACUCCGUAAUUCCUCCAGUGAUGUGAAAUCUCGCUUGACUCGCGAGGUCUGCACGACUGGGAUAACAACCUCAAUUCGACUCCUUUUCACCCCCCCGCGCCGCACAGCUUGGAAAGUCUGCGGAGCGCCUUGACCAUUACCCGGCAAUCCUGAAGGGGCAGUUCGUUCUUGAAUAUGCCUCAUCUGUUUAACCCACUCAGGAUCGGGAUGUUUGAAGAAGCCCAGAAGCUCCCGCUCUUCGCCGCCGGUGUUUCUCAUUAGCUCCAUGAGCGCUUGAAUGCGGAAUGGCUUUAUGUGUUUCCUACGUGUGAUUAGCGAGAGAAGAUGACAUAGUGACCUGCGUAGGCUGAUCAUGUCCAGGAAAUUAAACAAGACAGCAUAGAGCCUUGACAGGCAUGAUUGGUCUUCCAUAUCCUCGUACACUAGAAUUAGCCAGCGUAUGAGUAAGGAUUGGGUUGCAGGCGAUGGCUUGCUUCUGCUGGGUCCGAAGCAGGAUAUGACCAUUGAAGCUGUGCGAGGGCGCACGCGCUCGGAUGGGUAGAGAUUCUUUACUAUAGUGGUUAUCGUCGUUUGGUCUAGAUGCUUGGAUUUUGAGAUGGUGGCGAUUAGGCGCUCUAGCAGAUGAGUUGGAAUGCCUGACUCGUAAGCGGCGGACGCGAUCGAUUUCGCCAGAUCAGCGACGUUCGUGUGUCGCUGCUUUGGCGGGAGGGGAGCAACUGCGUGCGCAUGUUAGAUAUUCAUUUCUCAUGUACAAUAUUACGAUAUGGAUGAACUUGCGUGUAUUCUUACCAUUUUCCAGCUGUUCAAUUGCGUCUUUCAUUUCCUGCUGCUUGUCUAUUGAAUUGAACGGUUAGUUGGAAGUUGAAUCCGUGAUGCACAACCGAACUGAAGAUUGUAGUAUCUUAUCUCACCUUGUUGCCCUUCUGGAGCCAUAUUCUCU